CCACAUUCGAAGGAAAUCCAUGUUCUAGCCAUGGCUAUUCCUGUUGUUAUUGUUGGCAGCUUUGGGACGAGAUCAUAUUCAAGCAGAGCGAGAUGUCUUGGAGACUUUGAAACCGCAAGUCCACAAACCACUUGUAGCAUUUCAACAAGCAUGGCGAAUGGCAACCUGAUGAUGCCAAACGCCUGAAUCGAUUUUUGGGAAACCCGGAUAAACAAAAUGCUCACAUGGCGAACACACUGUACCGAAAUUUCCGUGGACAAUGAGCUCGAUUCGAGGUCUAAAAGCCCACUAUGGCCACCCAGGUCGCGCUGUGUAUGACUUAGAGUCUGGCAAAUGGCGAUUCCAGCGGGAUUUAACGUCGACGCGCUAUGUCCGAAUUCUUGAAGACCGAACGCCUCAGGACGACCGACCGCGACAUGGCGGAGAAGAUCUCUCCACGACAUUAGCUCCUGAAAAACGUACUUCAAGAGUACAGCAUUUCUUGCAAGCAAAUCCAGAGCUCCAGUUUGCACAAAAUGUCGUUCCGCGGCUUGAGUCCGUAUCUGAGAUGAUCACGUCUAAUACUACCCAAGUCGAUCCCAGUCUAGGCGACCUGGUGGCUUUCGGAUAUGCCAAUCGUGGGGGCAAAUAUCGGAAGCCACGAAUCUUGGUUAGCGCGGAUGGACUCAAUGGAGACUCAAUUCGGAUCGAGGAGAUCCAGGAAGAGCUACGUAGCUGGACGAAAGGAUACGCAUCCCAUCUCCGAAUGCCGCGGAUCGUUGGACAGAGUGCCUGGUGGGUUGGCGACGGCGCCCCUGUUCGCCAAAUUUCCUUCUCGGAUCCGGAGAACCGAACCGACAUUUUUUUUGCGGUGCGAUUUUCAGGCUAUACGAUGUUGUUUCGGCCAACGCUACAGGACAACUUCAUUGAAUCGAAUGCGCCCCCUGGACGGCAGUACCCGCCAUCCCAUAUCGAUCCAUGUCCGUUCAUCAAGAUCCCAGUGUCAGCUACCGGCGGUUCAUUACAUGCCGAUGUGGCCUUCAGUCCCUCGGACAAGCGCUGGUUCGCCAUCGUUGACCAGAGCCUGAAGUGGACGGUUUAUAAUAUCGGGAAAGGCACCGAGUCGGAAGCCCGGCGCUUGAAAGCAACCGUUCAUUCUCAAGGGCAGGUUGAGCUUACGGGCACCACAGAACCACCUAGUGGAAAAGAAGACGGUUGGGCAAGAGUGAUGUUCGUUGGCGACGAUCGCACAUUGCUUGUUUGUAGUCGUCGGAAGGCUUUGCUCUUCAGUGCGAAGCGCGCCGACAAGGAUGUUCCUCCAGUCGCCGUGACUGUCGAGAAAGAAGCCUGGAUCAUUGAUUUCUGCAGACGCCCUGGUCGUCGCGAUGAAAUAUUCAUGCUCACAACAUCUGGGAUAUACUGGUACCGUUUUUCGCGACCUCAGGAUCAGGAUGGGAUUGGAGAGAUGAGUCUAAGGCUGUGCUGGAAGCAUUUCAGCAAUGAUCAGGAUGUAUCAUUAAGCCUAUCACUUUCCGAAGAAAACAAUGUCAUCCAUACCAUACUUUUCUCGCGUCUCCAUGAGUCUGCAACGUACCUCGACUUCUCGGACAAGGAAGCUUCCGCAUCCCCACCGAGAGUGAGUACUCCGGUUACCUUAAGAGGUCUUUUCCAAGGUUCGGAAGGAUCCAACGCGAAGUCUGUUCAAACAAUAGUUCUCAGUGUACUCCCUAUGCGUCAAUUUGUAUUAAGGAAGGGCAAUGCUUCGCGCACCUCACAAGACUUGGACCGAGGGCUGCUUUACCAACGACGAGGCGUAUUCUUCUUUUCCGUUUUUGUGUUACCCAAGAACCAGACUCGUCGGCAAUAUAUUGUCAGUGUCAGCAAAGAUCCUCUUACUCCUCAGUUGCCUUCCGUCUUGCUGCAAGGCCUGUCCAAGCUGCACAGGAGCUCUGCGUUUGUGGAGGAAAGAGACACGUUCCUCGACCAGGCCAACUCCGAAUUGGACUCGGAUGCUUCUGCGGCGUACAAACAAAAGAACAGGUGGCGAAUGGCCAGGCGUGAUUCAAAUGACAAAUUCCUCCUUUCUCUCGUAAGGAUCACACGCGAUCUACGGCAGUCCACACGGAUGGGGGCUUCAACAUUCUUACUCAGAAAAAGGCAGCCACGGAUGGGUAUCCAGGAUUUCUCCCGGCUGCUAGACCGAUAUCUUCGCGUGGUGCAACAAGGUUUGAAGAACCGGCUCCAAAAUAUUUCGGAAGUGGCAUUUUCCCUCCCGGGAGUGUCGGGGGCUAUUCGAGAAGAUUCGCGGACUCUGCAAAGGCUAUGGACCAAAUACUCGGGGAACAAAGACCAUCAUCGGCCUAGCUUACGAAUCGAUAACGAUUCGUUCAAACUAAUCUUGGACAUGCCUCCGGCAAACGAAAAGAUUACCAUUUGGAACAUAUUCCUACUUUUCCUAGCACAGUGGGGCCCGAGAAUGCCCCAGUACCAUCGUCCGGGGUGUUUAACACGAAAGGCAGAGAUUAUAUUAUCAGCAGCGACCGACAUUUUCUUCGCUACCUCGACAAUAGUUUCGCGAACAGGGGAUGUCGAAGCCCGAACCGAUGGAUCUUCGCUGGGCAAGACCCAGAAGCCUACAAAGGGGAUGGGAAAGCAUCGCGCAAGUGAGAGACUCGAGUCUCAAUCCGAGCAUGGUCCGGAUACUUCAAACACCACGGGCCCCAUAUCAAACAGCUCUGUCUUCGCAGGCGUGGAGAAUCUAUACGACAGACUCAGUAUGCUCAGAGUUGACAGGGCGCGGCAGCGAAAAGUACGGCCCAAGGGCAAGUCCAAGUCUCGCCCAGUUGCAGGUGAAGACAUGAAAUUUGAGCCAGUAGCCGGAGGAAAUACGCCGCCGAUCGUUAUACCCUCUGGAUUGGAGGACGAAGAAGAUAGAAACAGGGAAACAAGGCUAGAAACGGAGGAUGAAGAAGCCGCCCGAAACCCUUCCGCUCCAGGUCGCCAUGAACAUGUCGAGGAAGAUUUCGAUGACGCUAAAGAACGAGACGCCUCUGAAAACAAUCUCGAGCAGGAAAUAUUAGGUUACAUAGACGCCACUUGGAAGCUAGGCAUCGACCCGACCGAGACCGAUUGGUCGAGAUUGAUUCAACGCUACGUUACCAUGGACGGCGAAGUCGAAGUGGAGAUCGACGCGCGCACGGCAGCGCGACAAGAGCGUCGCAAACUCCGGGAAGCCAUGAAGAUGGACCGAUCGCAGCGGGAGGACAUCGAAGCCGAUGCGAUUCCCACGGAGCAUGCGCGACGGCCCGCAGCUCCCGGCGCCCGCCCGUCCGCCUUGCACGGAUCGCGCAGCUCGCCCGCGCCACGGCCGCCGAUGGUGGGGAUCAGUAGUCAGGCGGUCUUCGAAUCUAGUCAGGUCGUGGCGAGCCAGAUCGUUGGGGGGAGGCAUGGGGGGAGGCCGGAGAAGAAGAAGAAGCGGAAGAGGGCGGAAGGGUUCUAGGGGUUAUAUUGGUCUUGGGAUCGGAUAUAGCUAGUCGGUUCGCCUAAUGGGUUGGGGGCUGGAUUGGUGAACUAGUGCAAUAUCUCGCCGCCAGUACGGACUACAUGUACCAGUUCAUUGCGCCCAUCUGGUUAGAGGUCGGCACGGAUCGAGUUCACGGGUAGACCAGCCUUAUCCGGAUAAUAAUAUCCGAUCCGCCAAACUUUGUAUCCGUAUCCGAUCCGUGAAAUACACGGAUAGAGAAUUUCUAUCCGGAUAAUUAUCCGUAUCCGC